AUGACAAUCUAUGCAGCGGCACCACCACCACCACCGGAAAUAUUAAAUGAAACCAUUAUUACAAGGAAUAAGCGCCAAACACCGCCAAAAGAUAUUCAGUAUCCAGCUAAUACAAUCUUGGUCUACAUACGUGAACAAUGCUAUGAUUAUGAUUUUAAUAUUUCAACAGUUGAACAAUAUUUGGAAAUCAAUAUGCAACAAUAUCAACAAUUGAAUAUUGUUUUAAUGGAUCGAAAAGAUACAUGCACGAUAUCUUCAACGGCUGCUGCUGAUGAUGACGGUGAUACAAGCACUUCAUCAGACACUACAGAUGAUAGUCGUGGUGGUAACAAGAAUAACUUUAACAUGAAUGACGGAAAAAAACAACAACAGUUAGCUCACUUAGUGACUGCCUUAAGCCAUGUGAAUGUAAUUGGUAUGGUAGGAUCACCAGCUCCUGCUCAUUGUGAAACAAUUGUACAUUUGGCACGUGUUUGGCAUAAAAAUUUAGUCACAUGGACAUGUCCGCAUCAUGCUACCACGCUAUCAUCAACAAAAAAUCAAGUUAAUGAUAACACAACAACCAUCUUCUCCACGUCUAAUGCAAGCAAGGAUGGUGGUGAUGUGCCUUCUUCAAUGGCAACAGUCACAACAAAUAGUACAUCAUCAGUGGGUACAACAAGGCAUAAUCAUUUUCAUACGGAAAAGGACAAUAUUGAAAAUAAACCGUUAUUACCAUCAUCAAUAAACGAAGAAAAAAUGGAUUCUCCAACAGAUGAUUGGUCAAUUGAUGGAUACGAACGUGUUGUGAGUAGAAGUCUUAUAGCACCUGUGAGUGUAGUAGCUUCCAGUUUGGCAGCUGUUAUACGCGAGCUUCGAUGGAAAUCUAUAAUUAUCAUCACUUCAGAUGAAGGAUGGUGGGGUAGUUUAGCACACACGCUUGAUUUAUCGUUACGUACACAUACUGGUGUCGUUGCAAAAUUAUUUAUCACUGUACCACAAGAGGCUACCAAUCAUGAACGAAUCGCCAAACUGUUGCCACUCAACAAUAUGCCAAGUAGAGUGAUAAUCAUCUGUGCAUCAUUACAUCCAUUAGGACAUUCAAUAUUAUCAACAAUUGAUAACAUGCGUAUUGUCCAUCGUUUUGGUACAUUUGUAAUAUUAGUGGAUAUUACAUCAAUACAACCAUAUUUAGAACAACAAACAACAACAACAACAACACCAAGCCCACAGCAACAAUCUUCUAGAACAUUCGAUAUAAAUAUAUUUUCACAUCAUCAUCAACAAUCACAACAUAUUUCUUCUUCAACAUCUCCUUUGUCUUCCAGAACCUCAUCAUCUGAUUCAACAGCAGAUGUCCCACAUCGACAUUAUCAAGAGCACCACGCUGGUAGUGGUAGCCACUCAUUAAAACCGUUAAUAUAUACACAAAACUUUGUUGAAAAAUUAACGGUUUCAUCUCAGAGAAAUUUAUUAAUUUAUACGGCAACAGAUAUUAAUGAAAAUAUUACACAAUUAUUUUCAAUGACAAAUAAUACAAUCGAUCAGAAUUUUAUAACUGAUUAUCUAAAUGAAAGUAUUUACUUAAUUUAUGAAAAUUAUAUAAAAGGGAAUCCAAUACAAGAGAAAAUAUUCCAAUUUUUAUUAUUAGAUUAUGUGAACACAACAUGGCGGCCGAUUUUUGAAAUUACAUAUAAUGAUACAUCCGAUCAAAAAAUUUUAAGUAAUUAUAAUGAAUGGAAAUGGCGAAAAGUACAAUUGAAAAGUUAUUUAGAUUCAUGUGAUGAAAAUGGUGAUAAUAGUGAUGGUGAUAAUCCCUCAACGUGUAAUAUUGUUUUGGAUUUACCAAUGACUACAGCGCAUAUCUUAUUGAUCAUUGCAUGUUCGAUAUUGUUUGCAAUUAUUUUAAUUAUAUCGGGAUUUAUCACAAGAUAUCAUGUGGUAAAAAAACGGUUAGGAAAAGGACCAUACAAAAUAUUAUUAACGGCUACAGAUUUUGUAUUUCCAUCGGUUACAGAUUCACGUCGGGUUGAUGAAGGCAUUGAAGCUAUGCUAUGCUGUUGGCUCCAACAAUUACAAGAAUUUGGUGGACCUGAGGUUGAUAAACCAGACCUAUUAAAAGGAUCAGUAGCAUCAUUGAAAGGACAUACUACAACUUCCCAGACCAAAGGUGCCAGUGGCAGUACAAGCAGUUUAGCACGAACAUUACUUGUUGAUCCAAGAGUUCGUUACAAUGGUGAUUUGGUGCAGUUAAAGGAACUACCAUCAAACCAAGGCACAUUUGAAUUGAAGAGUAAAGCAAUGGAUUUAUUAAUUUUAAUUCAUGGCUUAAGACAUGAAAAUUUAAAUCCAUUCAUUGGAUGUCUUACAGAACCAACACGGCCGGGUCUUGUAUCUGAAUGGUGUACACGGGGAUCAUUAGAGGAUGUACUCAUUAUGGAUGAUAUUAAAUUGGAUUGGUCAUUCAGAUUGUCUUUACUUACAGAUUUAGUACGGGGUAUGCGUUACUUACAUUCAACUCCGAUUCGUGUACAUGGUUAUUUAACAUCAAGAAACUGUGUCAUUGAUGCUAGAUGGGUGUUGAAAAUAACUGAUUACGGACUUCCUGCAUUCUAUGAAGCACAAAAUAUCACACCACCAGCAAAAAGUGCAAGAGAUUUGUUAUGGACAGCACCUGAAUUAUUACGGCACUGUGGUCUCCGAAAACGGGGCACACAAACUGGAGAUGUUUAUUCUUUUGGAAUCAUUAUGCAAGAAGUAGUUGUUCGUGGAGAACCAUUCUGUAUGUUGGCAUUAACUCCUGAAGAAAUAAUUGAAAAAGUAAAACGUCCACCACCGUUAAUACGACCAUCAGUGAGUAAAGGUGCAGCACCACCUGAGGCAAUUAAUAUUAUGCGUCAAUGUUGGGCUGAGCAAGCUGAAAUGCGUCCUGAUUUUAAUGCUGUACACGAUUUAUUUAAAAAAUUAAAUCAUGGAAGAAAAGUCAAUUUUGUGGAUACAAUGUUCCAAAUGUUAGAAAAAUAUUCAAACAAUCUGGAAGAAUUAAUACGUGAACGAACAGAACAACUGGAUAUGGAGAAGAAAAAGACUGAACAGUUGUUAAAUCGAAUGCUACCAAGUUCGGUCGCAGAAAAAUUAAAAUUGGGAAUGCCAGUUGAUCCCGAAGAAUUUCGCGAAGUAACAAUAUAUUUUUCUGAUAUUGUUGGUUUUACAACAAUAUCAGCAUAUUCAACACCAUUUCAAGUGGUGGACUUAUUAAACGAUUUAUAUACAUGCUUCGAUGCAACAAUUAACGCUUAUAAUGUAUAUAAAGUAGAAACAAUUGGUGAUGCUUAUAUGGUCGUGGGUGGUUUACCGGUACGAAUUCCAGACCACGCAGAACAGAUUGCAACGAUGGCACUAGAUUUAUUACAUCAAAGUGGUAAAUUUAAGAUCAGACAUUUACCACGAACACCGUUAAGAUUACGAAUUGGCUUACAUACAGGACCAUGCUGCGCGGGCGUAGUGGGUCUUACAAUGCCUAGAUAUUGUUUGUUUGGAGACACUGUAAAUACAGCAUCACGAAUGGAAUCUACAGGAUCAGCUUGGAGAAUUCAUUUAUCGCAGGCGACAAAAGAUAAACUAGAACAGGCUGGCGGAUAUCAAAUUGAAUUUCGAGGUUCAACUGAAAUCAAAGGCAAAGGGUUUAUGAAUACUUAUUGGUUACUUGGGAAAACAGGGUUUGAUAAGCCAUUACCUGUGCCUCCUCCUGUUGGAGAAAGUCAUGGGCUGGAUGAGUGUUUAGUCAUACAUGGAAAAGAAAUAUCACAUACACCUAGUUUAAAUGCUAACCGAUCGGAAGAUAAUUCUUCGGGAGACUGUAGUUCGUCAUUUGGGGUACCUACCGGACAAGGUGGAUCUCCUUGCCCUCCGCAAUCGGAUUCCGAUCAAACAAACUUAGCUCCAAAAAGCGUGAUAAAAGUAUGUGCAGCUGUUCAUGAGGAAAAAUCCAUUAAAUCAAUGGAAAAUAGAAUUGAUCAAUCGAAAUUAUCAUCUUCGGCGUCAUCGAAAAAUAAUACAUUCGAUCAAUCAGAUUUAAGAAAUUUCGAUACUUUACAAUUGAUAGCAUCGAAAACGCACGAUCAAAUUUUAUCGCAUGUAAUGAAAAGUACUUCAACUGAUACCCCAAUGUCAACGUUGGGAACUCCUGUUUCCGCGUCCGAAGUUGCAGCUGCUAUGUUAGGUGCUUCAUCUUCAUCUUUAUGUAAUAUAGCAUCGAAAUUUCGAACAGGCCCUCCAAGACGUGUAAAUGUUAUAGAUGAAGAUGAUUUAAGUUCAGCUUAUAAUCAUUAUCGAUGUUUGUCACCGAACGAUGCGCGUAUAACAUUAGGCUCAAACUCAAACGCAGACCGAAGUGGUCGAUUUUUGAAAAGACAAUUUAGUUUAGAUCGUGGAGACGAUUCUAGAGAAAGUAAUGAUACACACUCAAAACCAACACCAAGAUUAUCGAAACAAAAUUCAGCUGGUGCUGCGCAUGAUUUAGAGCGAAUUGAAGAAAUACCAAUUGGAAAGUCACAUGCGUCACCAUGUCAUCAUUACCGGCAUGCAUCAGAAUUGACACCACCGUUUCAUUGCUCCAUGUCUGUUUCUGUAGAUUCUCUAUCGCUUCAAUAAAUUUUAUCUCUAAGACCUUGUUAACAAAUUAUUCUUAUGGAUAGAAAUUUUAAAUUUGUUUAAUGGUCUAGGCGCUAGCCC